AAGAAUCACACCAAAAAGCUUUGUUUGUUGCCCCUUCUCUCUCUUUCAAGGGUGUACACAACUUAAUACCCCAAAAACAAAAACAAAAGCUGGGGGAAAGCGAGAACCCUUUGCCCCUUCUCUUUCUCUCUCUCUCAACUCUCUCUCUCUCUAUACUUUCAACUGUAUUUGGAUUUUAGAUCCAUGAUGAAGACUUAACUACUGCACUCAGUGAAAUGGAAUCUCAAAAUUUGUAGAGUAGUCAUUUAUAAUGGCCUAUUUGUCUUGACCAUCUCUGAUUGUGUAUAUCUUAGGGUUUUUUUAGUGUUUCGAAUCUAUAUAUAGAUAUAUAUAGAUAUACGAUACAGGGAUUUAAGAUUGUAUGUGCAGAGAGGAUGGAAUCGGCAAACUCGGAAGUGAACCAGGAGGUUCCAUCGGUGGUGGCGGCGACUGAUACGCGAGGGAAGCAUCGGAUUUCGGCUGAACUGAAGCGGCUAGAGCAAGAAGCUCGCUUCUUGGAGGAAGAGCUGGAACAGCUUGAAAAAAUGGAGAAGGCCUCGGCUGCAUGCAAGGAAUUGCUGAUUAAUGUGGAAACAAAACCAGAUCCGCUACUGCCAAAAACAAAUGGCCCCACAAAUCCAUCUUGGGAUCGAUGGUUUGAAGGACCACAAGAUUCGUCGGGUUGCAGAUGCUGGAUACUAUGAUGAUUCUGUUAAUUACAAGAUUUUCACCGUUUGCAGAGGCUUUGAGAAUUGGUAGCUAACAAUGUGUCACGUAUAUAGAGCAAUUAGCAAUACAAUCUUCUUGGAAAAUGUUAAAUGGAAUUCUCCAUUGUGCAGAAAUUGACAAUUUUUUUACUUCUCUCUGGCAAAUGAAAAAUUAUAGACCUGUUACAGAACUUGGGUUGGUUUUGCUAUUAGCAAAAUGUUGAAUGAAAUGCGAUAUUGUCCGGAGAUAA